AUGACUGCUGCGGCAACAGCAGCAGCAGCAGCAGCACGUGCAGCAGCAGCAACAGUAGCAACAGCAGCAGCAGCAGCAACAGCAUUAGAGGCAGUAGAGAUGAGCGUGUCGGUGGUGAACGCGAAGGCCGACGUGCUGCGUGCUGCUGCAGCACUAGCAGCAAACUGCAGCGCAGCAAAAGGGCUGCAGGAUGUCUUGAAGUCCAACUUGGGGCCCAAGGGCACAGUGAAGAUGCUUGUGGGGGGGGCGGGGCAGCUGAAGCUGACGAAGGACGGGUGCGUGCUGCUGCACGAAAUGCAAAUCCAACAUCCAACAGCAGCUUUAAUUGCAAGAGCAGCAACAGCUCAAGACGAGAUCACUGGAGACGGAACCACCAGCGCAGUCCUCUUCGUCGGAGAACUUCUCCGACAGGCCGAACGAUUUAUUGCUGAGGGAGUUCACCCGCGGCUGCUGUGCGCGGGUUUCGAUAAGGCCCGGCAGAAGACUCUGGAGCUUCUGGAUGAGGUGAAGGUGAAGGUCGCAGUGGAGCCGCGGCCGGACCGGGAGCUGCUGCUGUCGGUGGCGAGGACUUCUUUAAGAACAAAAGUGGAAGGAAGUUUGGCGGACAAGUUGGCGGAGGACUUGGUGGAGGCGAUGGGGUGUCUGUACAGGCCGGGAGAGCCGCUGGACCUCUUCAUGCUCGAAGUCCUCCACAUGAAGCACCGGCUGGUCGACGAAACCAAACUCAUCAAGGGCAUGGUGCUGGACCACGGCUGCAGACACCCCGACAUGCCCAAACGCAUGCAAAACUGCUUCGUGUUGACUUUAAAUGUUUCUUUGGAGUACGAAAAGAGCGAAGUUGCUGCUGGCUUUUUCUACUCUUCGGCGCAGCAGCGGCAGCAGCUGGCAGCAGCAGAAAGGAGCUUCACAGACGCCAAGGUGCAGAAGAUCAUAGACUUCAAACGCAGUGUCUGUACACCUCAGAACAACAGACACUUCCUCCUCCUCAACCAAAAGGGAAUCGACCCCCCCAGCCUCGACAUGCUCGCCAAAGAGGGAAUCAUGGCCCUCAGACGGGUGAAGCGCCGGAACAUGGAGCGAGUGCCGCUUUGCUGCGGAGGCAGCGCAGUGAAUUCUGUGGAAGAUUUGAGAAUAGAAGAUUUGGGAUUUGCUGCUGAGGUGUACGAACAGUCCCUCGGAGAUGACAAGUUCACUUUUAUCGACGGAGUCCAAAACCCCAGAAGCUGCACCAUCCUCAUCAAGGGUCCCAACGACCACGCAGUCGCGCGCGUAAAAGAUGCAGUUCGAGACGGCCUGCGGGCCAUCAAAAACGUCAUCGACGACGGCGCUGUAAUUCCUGGCGCGGGGGCUUUCGAAGUGGCGGCUUACUGCAGACUGCAG